UUAAAUGUGUAUUUUGUUUGUAGAACUUAAUUUCAUAAAUAUAAGAAUAAAAAUAAACUUAAAGCAAAAAAUGUUAUUUGUGUAUCGUUACACAAAUCUUUAAUAUCAAAAGUCAAAUGCCUUAUGUAAAUUUUUGAUCUUCGUUAUAUCUUCGCUAAUACAAUUCUCUAUUACAGACUGCACACUGUAAUAUCUCGAUACUCUGUCUGCUUUCUCUUUACGCUCCAUAUCGUAUUAACAACUCCUAGAAAAUAAUUUGACCAAGAAUCCUAAUUCGAUUUUCUCGUUUUAUUAAUAUGAUUUUUUUACAUCUUUAGUAAUAAUUAUACACAUUGUUACCUCGUUUUAUGUUGUGAAUUCAGUAUUAUAAAUUAAAUAAAAUUAAUUACCAUAUUUUAAUUUCAUAAAAAAAUUAGUGUUUAGUUAGUUCAAUCAAUUUAAAUAUAUGUCCGAAUGUACCUUACAUGGCUCCUGUUUCUCGAAAGAUAUAACACCGGGAUAACGUUGUUCAAUCGGGACACAGGACCCAUUGGGAUAGAAUGUCAAGCUCGAAUUACUUUUCAGACAAUGGUGACGGAGGGGCAGCAAGAAGAGUACGAGUACAAGAGCACGUUGGACGUGGACACGCUGGAAGCGGCCAGACUGGAGCUUCGCGAGGAUGACAACACGAGGGAACAGGCUUUGGAGCAGUUCCGUCAUUGGAUCCAAAAGCAUCCCGCGAUCAAAAAGUGUAGGACCGAUUCGCUAUUCCUAUUGAGAUUCCUCAGGACGAAGAAGUUCAGUCUACCGAUGGCACAAGAGAUGCUUGAACGCUAUCUCACCAUCAGACAACUCUAUCCCGACUGGUUUCAGAAGCUCGACAUCGAUGACCCGGAGCUCGAGGCCAUCAUCGACAGCGGCUACCUGGUACCUUUACCGAAACGGGAUCAGCAUGGUCGAAAAGUGAUACUGUCGUGUGCAGGACGUUUCGAUCCUUGCAAAUUCUCGUCGGUACACAUGGCGCGAAUCCACAGCAUGGUGGUGGAGACUCUGAUGGACGACGAGGAGAAUCAGAUCCGCGGUUAUACACAUCUCAACGACGAGUCCGGAUUGACCAUGAGCCAUCUCAGCGCGUGGUCCUUCACAGACAUUCGCAAUAUAUUGAGAUGCAUACAGAACAGCACCCCGAUACGUCACAAGGAGACGCACUUCAUCAAUAUUCCGGGCAGCGUGGCGAAGAUCGUUGAGUUCGCCAUUUCGCUGCUUAAUGAUAAGCUCAAGUCUCGUGUUAUGAUACACAAGGAUAUAGAGGAGCUGAGAGAAGCGAUAGAUCCGAAAAUACUGCCGAAGGAAUACGGAGGGGAAAUUCCGCUCUCGGAAAUGAUCGCUGAAUUCAAAAAGGAUCUGAAAGAGAAGAAAGAACAACUCAAAGCUCUCGACGAUAUGUACAUCGAGAUUUCACUAAAAGAUUGUCACACGGCUAAUAACGAAGAGCUAGGCGGAAUAUGCGGUUCGUUUCGAAAGUUAGAAGUCGACUGAGGGCUAAUUUAUUUCUAUUUCAAUCUCAUAUUGAUAGCAUUUAAUUUUAAUAGCUAUUUUCGUGUGAUUGCAUCUCAUGUAUCAAGGAGCAAUCGUUUUGAUAAAAAUUGAGAUACUUUAUUAUCCUUUUUUUUUUCAGCACAAAAUCAUUUAUGUAUAGAAAUAUGUCAUUAUAUUGUGACAUACAAAUUAUGAAUAUGUUAAACGAGUAAUGCAUACGAUUUAUAAAUACAUCUCAAGAAUCUUAACUAACUGGUUUUAAUGCUAUUUACAUAGUCGUUUUCUUUCUAGAUUCUAUUUACAUUAAACAAAAAAAAAAUUUUAAUGUUAAAUGUUUAGCGUUAAGUAACAUUGGUACAAUCGGAUCUGUAUAUGAAAUAAGUAUAAGGGAAUUUAUAUUUUUAUGUGCUAAACCCCUCAUAAAACAUUGUGUGAAUAGUAUCCAUUAACUUAUGCAAUAAGUCUUUCUCAUGUAACAGUUAAGACUCACUAGCGUAUACGAGCGAGUUAAUAUUCGUUUCGCCGGUGGUACCAAGUUACCUAUGACCUUUAUAAGUCAUUAUCUUGACUAUAUCUUAAAACAAAUUGUGACUUGACACAAUCCUACCGUUCCUUUGUUGUUGCAAUUAUGAAACGUGCAUUCGCAUCGUUUUAAUUAGCAGUUACUUUAUAUACUUAUAUUUGAGUUAAAGCACAAAGCUUCUCUUAGCUUAAGCAUAUAUAUAUAUACAUAUAUAUAUAAACUUUAAAGUUUGUGAAAUUACAUUUUCGUUGAAGUUUUUAGUUGGUUUUAGUGAAUAAAAUAAAACUCUGGGAUGUUUGAUAAGAAAUUUUCUUGUGGAUUUGUAAUGUACAAUUGUAAUCUUGUGAUUAUUUAGUCAUUGUUAGUUACUCUAAUUAUACUCAAAUUGUGACCGAAUCUCAAUUAUAUGGCCCACAUAUUUUCACUGAUAUUUCACACCCACUGAAUGAAAAAUGUGAUAUAUAAUUCUGAUUUGACUUUUCUAACAUGAAAAUUUAUAAAUUAAUACAAGACAGAUAUCGGACGGUCACAUUUUGUGCCGAAUAUAUACAGGCUCUUACAAUUUGAACAUAUUUUAUUUAAUAUUCAUUAUCUUAAAAAGAAUAACGGCGUGUGAUAGAAAUAACAGUUUUAUAAGCAGUUUUGUAAAUUUAUAUGCAUAUAUUAUAUAAAUAAAAAAAUAUAUUAUUAUCCAUAAUUACUGAAAGGAUUUUUUCAAAUAAGACCAAUAAAAUAAGACCAAUAAAACCUAUAAUUUUAAACUUUAAUUACAAUAUUAAUAUUUUCACUAAAUAAAUGUGGAUCGUUUACGAGCAUGUACGACGAUGUAAGGCGUACUCCACUAAUGCAUUGAUUGAGAAUAUAUCGACAAAAUAUACAACCAGAAUUCAGCGAAUUAUUGUUUGUUCCAUCAUAUUUUUCAAUCGUUUAUGCAUAUGUAGAAAUGCGUAAUAAUUUUUAUAAUUUUGAGGAUAGACGAUCUAUCAAUAUAAGUAAACUAAACAUUUUUUUUUAUAUAUAUAAUGUACACAUACAUAUUUUUAUUGAUCCUCAUCACCAUCGUUAAUUAUUUGUUCUAAUAACUCAGUGUUUGGCGGCGCUGUAGUAUAAAGGCUUCC